GACGUCACCGGCGCAAGAUGGCAGCUCCCGUAUCCGAGAUAUUUUGUCUUCAUUGUUGUACAGUGGGAGGAAGUGGAGACGCAUCGUCCAUCUUUGUAUACAGUCUGUGGUUUGACCCAACCACCUCCCAACGCGGACUCUGUCGCUCUUAUACAACGUCGCCUCCUCUGCUCCCGCCGUAAUCACUACAGCCACUAGAGGUCGCGGCCUAACAAUAAACGUAAAUAUGGGUUGUAAUAAGCUGCUCUCACAAUCGAUCUACACGUGGCCUGGUGAGAAGGGCUGCGCAUUUUUAGGAACCCUUUAUAUGAACGUGGACCAUCAGUAAUGCAGUGUGACUGAGGCGCUUGAAUUUGAUUGGGUGAGAAGGAACAUAAGGUGAUUAUGGAGCGAACAGGAAAGAUCUUUUUCUAUGAGGACAAGAACUUCCAGGGUCAUUACUACGAAUGCAGCAGUGACUGUCCUGAGCUCAGCUCCCACCUCAGCCGCUGUAACUCCAUCCGGGUGGAGACCGGGGCCUGGGUCAUUUAUGAGAGACCUCAAUACAUGGGCUACCAGUACGUCCUCAUGAGAGGGGAGUACCCCAACUACCAGAGCUGGAACGGCUUCAAUGACACCAUCCACUCCUGUCGCCUCAUCAGAUAUCCUUCCAGUAAGCACAGGAUCCGAAUCUACGAACGUCCAGACUUCAGUGGCCAGAUGAUUGAAUUCAGCGAGGAUCUGCCCAACCUGCUGGACCGCUGGCGCUACCGUGACGUUCAUUCAGCUCACGUGCAGGACGGCAUUUGGGUCUUCUAUGAGCAUCCAAACUACAGUGGACGCCAGUACCUGCUGGAGAAGGGCGAAUACAGACGGCACGUAGAGUGGGGGGCCCUCCAUCCAUCUGUAGGCUCCAUUAGACGUGUUGUGGACUUUUAGACUGCAUCUUAAAAUCACUCCCAUUCUGCUGCAGUUUGUGUGCUUUUAUUUGCAGGUGAGUUAAGUUCAGGGUAAUGAGGGGAGGAAGGUGAGAAACAGGAAGUGAUAUUUAUUUCUUGUGAUUACAAAACAAAUCAUAAUGGAACAAAUAUACGUAAAAA